GGGCAAGAACAAAGUUAUGUUUGCCCUGACUGCCAUUAAAGGAGUUGGUCGUCGUUACUCUAAUCUUGUUUGCAAAAAGGCUGAUGUCGAUCUAAACAAGAGAGCUGGUGAAUUAACCAAUGAAGAAUUAGAACGUAUAGUAUUAAUUAUCCAAAAUCCUACACAGUACAAGAUUCCGAACUGGUUUUUGAACAGGCAAAAAGAUAUUGUUGAUGGGAAAUACUCUCAAAUCUUGGCUAAUGGAUUAGAAUCUAAAUUUCGUGAGGAUUUGGAAAGAUUAAAAAAAAUUAGAGCCCAUCGAGGUUUAAGACAUUUCUGGGGCUUGAGAGUACGUGGUCAACACACCAAAACCACUGGUAGACGUGGUAGAACAGUUGGUGUCUCUAAAAAGAAAG